AUGAGAGAAGCUGGCUAUUAUGUUUCGGCAGACGAUGUUCUUCGGAAGUUCAGAAACGAUAAUGGUGAUUUCAACCUUGGCCUCAGCAAAGACAUUAGAGGGUUGCUCAGCUUGCAAGACAUGUCACACCUCAACGUAGGAGAAUCAUCACUCUACAAGGCAAAUGAAUUCUCAAGCAAGCAUCUUAGAUUUGCAAUUAAGUAUCUGGAGCCAAACCUUGCAAGAUAUGUAAGGCGGUCACUAGACCAUCCCUAUCAUGUGAGCCUGAUGCAAUACAAGGCAAGGCACCAACUGAGUUACCUCCAGAACAUGCCCACUAGGAAUAUGGCAAUUGAGAAUUUGGCACUUGCUGAGUUUACGAUUAAGAAGUUGCAGCAUCAGAGAGAAAUGCAAGAGGUUAAGAGAUGGUGGAUGGAUCUAGGAUUGGCUCAAGAAAUUCCGGCCGCAAGGGACCAAGUUCUUAAAUGGUACAUGUGGCCCAUGACCGUCCUCGAGGGUUUCUCCUUCUCUAGAUAUCGGAUUGAGAUCACAAAGAUCAUAUCCAUGGUCUACAUUGUGGAUGACAUCUUUGAUCUUGUCGCCACACAAGAGGAGCUUUCCCUCUUUACUGAGGCGAUCAAAAUGUGAGCAUUGUUGUUUUCAUAAUAUAUAAGGUUAAUACGAUUA